CUGUCCUUCCGGUCGCAGCCCCCCCAGCUUCCGUCACGCACUGAUUUCUUCGAGAAAUCGAAGAAGAAGGACGGGUUCAAAGCGACACCAACUAGCACCACAGCUGAAGCGACAGCACUACAACUACUAUUCACUCUGCGGAGGAAAUCCAGUGGAAGACGAAGCCACACGAUAUCAUCGGCGUCAGUGAGCAAAAACAAAACACGCAAUCGAAACAAACCGAAGAAGCCAGGAUAGUUACCCGUGCAGACACAGUACACAGUCUCAAGCAUACUGCAGUCGAUUAACUGUGCUUUCAAUGCUACUAGACUUCUCUUCUAACGCACACACAAUGGAGUUCGGCUGAGUCUUUAUCCCAAUGCAUACACUGAAACCAACGUCAACUUAGUGCCUCUUACGGGGUGGCACUAAAGUAAAAACACACCGACAGCAAUCGAUAACUACUUUUACUAUACAACACACCGGUACUACUGAAAGCCGCUAGGCCGUAACGAUACUAUCCAGCCGUGCUCUCGGACAGCCACAAAGUGUUGCCCCUGGUGGCCAUGGAACCGCCUGGUGUGCUGCCACCGGACCGAGAUGGAGGCAAACUUCUGCAGCAGCAACACAGUUUACAACAGCAGCAACACCAACCACAGUCACCUCCACCCACAAUGGUACUGACAGCAGCGGCAACAGCACAACAACUUCAACAAACGCAGAUGACAUAUUCACAGCCUCAAUCACAGUUACAAUUGCAACCAUACCAUCCCACACAACUACAGCUAGUUUCGUCACUACCCACGGCUAGCCAACAGCAGCAGCUGAUCCUUUCCGCCAGCAGCACCACAGCAACACCGAUCAACCAGGGUGGUAGCGGCACUAUCGCUGCUAACGUGCAAACCGGAAUCGAGCGGCUUUCGCGGCCGAUGGCAUUUGACAAGAUGGAGAGCCUGGUUCGCGAAAUGCAAGACCCGGAGGCUGGUGUACCGGUACGCAGUCAAAAGCUUUUUCUCACUUCAAUUCCUUCUGCUUUUAUGGGUUACGAUCUGAUCGAGUGGCUAAUGGAACGGUUGGGCAUCGAGGAAUCGGAGGCGUUGAACAUCAGCAAUCAGCUGUGCAUGCACGGAUACUUUUUCCCCGUGUCGGAUUCCAAAACGCUCGUGGUGAAGGAUGAUUCAUCGCUGUAUCGCUUUCAGACCCCCUACUAUUGGCCAUGGCAACAGAAAGCUCCCGAUAACAUUGAGUACGCGAUUUAUCUCGCCAAACGAUCACUGCGGAACAAACAACGACACGGCUUGGAGGACUAUGAAGCGGAUGCGUUGAGUAGUUUGCACAAGAACCUCAAAGGUAAGUGGGACUUCAUUACGAUGCAGGCUGAGGAACAGGUUCGGUUGGCAAAAGAACGCAAGAAAGGGGAUAAGAUUGUCGGAGAUUCCCAAGAGCGAGCUUACUGGCGAGUUCAUCGCCCUCCGCCGGGGCUGUUUACCCCACUGGAACCCUGUCCCAUUCCGUCCCGUGAUCGUCAAGGCAAGCCGCGGAAGCGCAACGUCGAUGACUGGCAGCGUGAAGUGGAGAUUCUGAAAGCUUCGCUUGGCAGGAAUCGGGUAAAGAUGUCGCAAGCUUGCGAAAGUUUGGUUUCGUACUUUGAAACGUUCAGUGAGUAUGAUCCGAUGAUGCAACCACCGCUGCCGUCUAAUCCGUGGGUCACCGAGGAUGUGAGCUUCUGGCAAAUGAACAAUCCGGUGGUGGAUGUACCGACGGAAAAGCGCGUCAAACGAUGGGGUAUUUCUAUCGAAGAGGUGGUGUCCGAUCCGACGGGACUGCAGGAGUUUACUGCCUAUCUGAAGAAGGAAUAUUCUCACGAGAAUAUUCGCUUUUGGAUGGCGGUUAACGAUUUGAGACGGUCGUCACAUUCGCAGAUAUCCAAGAAAGUGAAGGAUAUUUAUGAGGAAUUUCUUGAACCCGGCGCUCCGUGUGAGAUCAACAUUGAUGGUAAAACGAUGGAAAAAGUGCAGCAAGGCUUGAAAAAUCCCUCACGAUUCUCGUUUGACUUGGCUGCUGAGCAUAUCUAUAUGUUGCUACUGAAGAAGGACUGCUAUCCACGUUUCAUUCGAUCCGAGCACUAUAAAAAUCUGAUGGCUAAUGCAAUUCAGCCUUCGCACAAGAAGCGUUUCUUUGGAUUUGGUGGAGGAGCGAAAAAGAAAGGAUCGACCACGGUUGCACCGAAUCCGUCACUUUUGUCACAGCCAUCGGCUUCAGGUGCAGGAAUUGUGAACAGUUUAUCGAAACGACGUGGAAGCGACCGCAGCUUAUCCGGAUCGGCUCAUGAAUUAGCUGUUUGUGGAGUGAAGGACAGUACUAAAGUGCCACAUUCUCAUAGCCAAAGCAAUCUCAGCGAUAUCCCGUACAGUGUUUCGAUCUACAGAGGUGACAUGCCAUCCGGUAGCUUUGUCGGACACUCGGCCACACUAGUAGGAGGCUACAGCGAACAGAGAAACGGAAAGCAGGAAGUUAGCGGUAAAGCUUUAAGUACAACCCUGGAGGUAUCCCUGGAAUCGACCGGUGCCGCCUGUUCCGUGUGUCCCUGGGAUACUCCGCCAACCGCAGUCAAAGCUGCUACCACACCGACCGUAGGCGGAAAAGAGCCACCGGCUGCCGUGUCUGUUUCCGUUUGUCCGUGGGAUGACAAUGAUGCUCCGCUACCAUCCAACAGCGCGAGCAAAUCCCGAGCUGUGGAGGCCGUUCGGCCUGCGGAUAUCAGCGAAGUUUCGGAACGGAUGAAACGUUCUUGUGGCCUAAGACAAAACACGCUGGACAGCGAUUUCCACAGUUCGAAACGGUUGGCGCCGGUGAUUACUGAGCAACGCCGGGCUUCCAUGACGAUGGCACCUAGACUCUCCGAUCUUCAGUUUACGCUUCGGGCAAACUCGACUGGUGGCGAACCGAACGAGCCGACCAGUACAUUGCAGCAGCAACGAUCCGUAGAUUAUCCGAGAAAUGUUUCCCAAGGCUCACUGUCAACGAGUUUCGAAGACCGUGACGAUUCUGUAGCGACUCCGCCUACCAUGUCGGUAGAAAAUAUACACAAGCAAAAAGUGACGGCUGCUCCAGAGCAGAAAGUGGAACCGCUCAGUGUUGCCAGUGUUGUUAACGAAAAAACUAUCAUAAUUGAAACAAACAAUGAACGUGUUAGUGAUUGUACGUGUGUCACGGCACAAACAAAUAAUAUAAAUGUGUUUGAAGUGAAAGUAGACAAUCCAGAAUUAAUGGACGAAACAAAACCCUGUGCGGAAGAGUGUAGAGAACCGAAGGUUACUGAAAGUGAAGAUCAAAGAAAAGAAAGUGUUUCCGAAAAACAACCGCCAACGAUUAGUGUAUGUUUUGCUUCAGAAGAAGAAGUGCGCCGAAAACGAUCAUUGGUUGCAACCGAGCAGUCCGUUGAAGAUGAUCUACAAGAAGCUGAAGAGCCGGUGGUGUAUCCCCCCUGUAAAGAACAUGAACACGGAGUUGUAGAGGACGUUGAUACAGGUUGCGAGCUACCGGACCUUCCACAGGACAUGCCACCGCAAGCUGAGGAUGACAAUUUCCCCGAGAUGAUCUCGCAUCCGAAACAGUCAUCGCUAGAACAGGCAGAAUACGAACUGAUGGAAGGGGACAACCUGGUGGCGCCCGGGUGUGUGGCUCCGGCUCCAACUCCGGCACCAUCGAUCGCUCCGCUGGCUGAGGUGGAAAUGGAUCCGCCGGACGAUGAACCAGAACCGGAAACCGAAACGGACCGCACCGAAACAUUUACGGUGCACGUGACGACCCGGGAUAAACUGCAAGAGCUGGAACCGGAAGCAUCGGCCGCCGGUGCAACGACGGUCGUUAUCGUGGAGGAUCAGAUCAAGCGCAAAAAGAAACGCGACCGGAAGGAUCGCGAUAAGGAUCCGCUGCAGGCGCAAAGAAGCGAAGAGGAAAAUAGUGAGAAAAAGACGGACGCCGUUUGCCCGUGGGAUGAUGAGGAUGAAUCAGCGGCGGAUGAUGCACCCUAUGUUAAGACUUAUUCUACUCUUGGCUACUUGUAA